UUGACCCUCGGAGAAACGCACGCGAAGGUCGAGGUUCCGCGAAGAGACAGGCUCAGAGCAGUCUGGGAAGUGUAGUUUAGUUGGCUUACAUUCAUGGUAGGUAUCGUGCUUCCGGGAACCGGGGCUGAGCAGGAUUGAAAAGAGACUGUGGCUGUUAUCUUUUAACUCUGCAGCUGGAGCACAAGAAGUGUUUGUUUAAUGAAGGACCUAUCCAUUUAGGACCGUUUUAGACUGUGAGGAUAAUCCUGUGAAUAGUUAAUAGUUCACCGGGUUUGGUCCUUAGUGUCGACUUCAGUAUGCUGCGACGAAAACCAACCCGUCUGGAGCUGAAGCUUGAUGACAUUGAGGAGUUUGAGAACAUCCGAAAAGACCUGGAGACCCGUAAGAAACAAAAGGAAGAUGUGGAUGUUGUAGGAGGCAGUGAUGGUGAAGGUGCCAUUGGGCUCAGCAGUGACCCCAAGAGCCGAGAACAGAUGAUUAAUGAUCGAAUUGGUUAUAAACCCCAAGCCAAGCCCAACAAUCGUUCAUCUCAAUUUGGAAGUUUUGAAUUUUAGAGGUGGAUUAUCUUGUGUGCCAGAGCCCUGGAAUGGAGUAAAAUGAUGGCAGAAGUACAAACAAGAUGUAGGGAAUUGAGUGCUAUCAGCAAGCAGGAUAUUUUACCUCCCGCAGAGAGAAAUACUUCUGCAUGAGAUUACUGAUGCUUAACUUUCACUCUAAGCUGAAAUCCAAACUCUGGUUUGUCUCUGGAAAAUUUGACUCUAAAAAACUUGUCUGAUUUUUAUUUUUAAAAAUAAAUAUAUUUUUGGAAAAGUGUGA